CUUAGUUUAGCCGCAAAAUACAAAUGGCGGUCAAAAGUUUUGUUCUCUUCCUUGGAAAAAGAAUAACUGAAUAACUCGUUCUCCUCAGUCAUGGGAAUUCGUUUUAGAAAUACUCCUCUCUUUCCACUCGUGUUGGAGCAGUCAAAAGAUUGGUUUAGAAGGCAGAUCAGCUCACAGGUACAGAGCCCUCGACCAAGUCGGUACAAAAGGAUUUUUUCUGGAAUCCAACCAACAGGAACCAUGCAUAUUGGCAACUACUUGGGAGCAAUCAAAAACUGGGUUUCACUUCAACAAGGAAGCAAAGAUGCAGUGCUCUACAGCAUUGUGGAUUUACAUUCCAUAACCCUUCCACAAGACCCUGCCACAUUACGGCAGAGCAUUAGAAACAUGGCAGUCUACUUAUUGGCUUGUGGAGUGAACCCAGAGAAAAGUAUUCUUUUUCAACAAUCUCAGGUAUCCCAACAUGCAGAGCUGGCCUGGAUCCUAGGAUGUCUGGCUCCCACAGGGUUCUUGAAUCGCAUGCACCAGUGGAAGACUAAAGGAGGUGAAAAUAAAGAGAAAAACUGUUUGGGACUGUAUUCAUACCCUGUGCUUAUGGCAGCUGAUAUUCUCCUGUACAAAGCCACUCAUGUUCCAAUUGGAGAAGAUCAGUUGCAGCAUUUGGAACUUGCCAGAGAACUUUGUCGGCUGUUCAACAAUACAUAUGGAAACUUCUUUCCUUUUCCAAAAUCUAUUCUAGGCAAUUUCACUCGUGUGAUGAGCCUACGUGAUGCGUCCAAAAAAAUGAGUAAAUCAGAUCCACAAGAAAUGUCAAGAAUUGAACUGUCUGAUCCUCCAGACAUUAUCAAGAGCAAGAUACAAAAGGCUGUGACAGAUUCAGAAAAACAUAUAAGUUAUGAUCCACAAAGCAGACCAGAAAUGACAAAUCUUAUAAAUAUUUAUGCUGAAUUCAGUGGUUCAUGGCCAGAAGACAUUUGUGAAAAAUAUUGCAACAUGGAAAGGUGCAAGAGUACUUUCAAAACAGACCUCACUGAGCUUAUUGCAACCAAGUUAAGCCCAGUACGAGACAAUGUGCUCAAGAUUCAAAAGGAUGUUGGCUAUGUUGAUAGUGUUCUAAGAACAGGUGCAGAUAAGGCACGAGACAUAGCGGAAACAAACUUAAUGGAAAUUAAGACAAUGAUAGGGCUAAGAUGAGUAAAUUACAUUUAAACAGACCUCAGCAACAGUGGAAUCAUUUUAUACUGAAAAUUGGAGUUGCAAGACUUUGUGUUAGAGUUUUUCUAAUCACAAACAGAAAAGCACCACACAACAAUAAAGAAUAAUCAAUCCAUGAAAUACCUUACUUUAUUUGUCAAAGACUUCAAAUUUACUCUGUACAAUUACUGUCGUCUUUAUGCCAGGCAUUCCUUCACAAAACACAGUAAAUGUUAUUUUUUAACACCUUGGUUGCAACCUCAAGUGAAAUAUACAAAGCACCCACUAAAUUAUCUUGUGCAUUUUUCUUCCAUAUAAUUAUUUAUCUUCGAACUGUGCUACCUGGUUGUGUAUAAAGUAACUAGAUUUGAUUCUAAAUAAAAGAUCAAUAGUUUGUAUUUAUAAGUUCCCACAUUAAAUUUGUGCCCUAAAGUUGCACAAGUUUAACUUUGAGACCAGAGAAAAUGUUCCCCUUUCCAGACGUAAAAUUCUUCAGGCUUUUGUAGUUUGAAUGUCAACAAAUUCACCUUUGAUUUAGGCCCAUUUGAAAUAAAUGUCUAACAUUUCAUGUUAUACCUCUGUUUUAAGAGAUGAUGUAUAGUUUAUGUUCUAUCGGCUAUUUUUUCCAAAAUGUUCACUCCUGUUGUCCAAGUUGUACUGGUACACACAUGAUAAAUAGUGGAAAAUGUUAACAGUCAUGACAAAAGAACUAGUGAUUUCACUCGCAUAAUAAUCUGUAAUUUGUAAAUUGUACAUUAAUAAAGUAUACAUGUAUGACUGGA